AUGCCCGAUGCUGCAGCAGAACCAUAUGACGGCCUUUACGAUCUAUUAAAUUUGGUCAAAACGGAACCAACACCUCCUGUACCACAAAAGGGGACCAUCACCAAGCAAAUAGAAAUCAUUGACUUGACGGGACCCGAUGAAGAUAUGCCCUCAACAAACGGCAGAACAAAGGAAAACAUCUCCAGGAUCGACACAGACGGAUUCAAAGACAUUCAAUUCAAUUCUAGUGAAGGCAUAGCCUCUAUUGGAGUCAAACGGGCAAAGCAUUGGGCAAGACAGAAAGACAGAUGGCGUCUCACAAUAGCGUCUCUUUGGGAAAUGCUGCACAUGCGCCGUCAAAGAAUCUUUGAAUUGAUGCACAAUCCCGUCAAAGAAGCAUGGCGAUUAACCGUUGAUAUAUGCUUACGAAUGGCCCGAAAGGGUUCAAAAGACCAUUCCGAAGAAAGCAUAAAGCUGGCUAACGACGUGUGCUAUCUGUAUCUAGCCUUUUUAACCUGCCAGGUGAGGAAUCAGAAACAGGGUGACGGAUUAAAGAAGAAAGCCUUGGAUCGACUCAACAGGAAUCAUUCGAAACUCUUCGGCAAGUUUUGCCGCUUUAUUUAUGCUGUCGAGCCCCAUUUUCCGCAACAAGACCAAAUCGCAAAUAUGGUAUCCAUCGAGGACGCGCAGCAGAGUGAGGGAAUGAUGGAGGAAGACGGCAGUAGAAAGUCAUCUGGCCAUUCCAAACAACCAAAGGAGAUAAUCCAAGAUCGACGGGCGAUGAACAUGCGAAAAGCUGACCAAGAACGUGAGAAGUGGAAUACCGAACGCGCCCAAGCCUUUUGGGACAAAGUCGACAUCAAAGAUAUAGAUAGAGCCCGUUUCAUCAUCAACGACACCAAGGGCGACGACCAGGGACUAAUAUUUGUUGAAAAACGGAUUUGUACUCUGAUAAAAGACCAUCAGAUGAAAGGCGUACGAUUUCUGUGGAAUCAGAUUGUCGUUGGCGCAGGUGCUGGCGAACGCCAGGGAUGCCUACUAGCCCACACGAUGGGAUUGGGGAAAACCAUGCAAACUAUUGCAUUUCUUGUUGCACUUGUUGAAGCAGGAGCAUCUUCAGACCCAACGAUUCGUGAACAAGUACCCCCAGAUCUCCGCGAGUCCAAGACUCUGGUUUUAUGCCCAACGAGCUUGGUUCACAACUGGGAAGAAGAGGUUCGCCGAUGGGGGCAUGGCCUUCUUGGCAAAAUACGAAAGAUUGAAGCAUCUGAUGACGGCCGAGUAGCAAUUUUGAUGGAUUGGAGCCAGCAUGGUGGGAUCCUGAUUAUCGGCUACGACAUGGCGAAACGCUUAUAUGAUGGUGGCGAUGAUGACACAAAGCGUACUCUCCUUGAAAGCGCCAAUGUUGUCGUUGCGGACGAGGCCCAUCACUUGAAGAAUCAAGAGUCCCAAAUUUCUCAACUUUGUUCCAAAUUCGCAACCGGGAGUAGAAUCGCCUUGACAGGCUCGCCGCUCGCCAACAACAUUGACGAGUACUAUUCAAUGAUAGACUGGCUUGCACCAAACUAUCUUGGACCUCUGCAAGAAUUCAAACAGAUGUAUGCCAAGCCCAUCCAAGAUGGUGUCUGGGGUGACAGCACUGAUGUCGAAAAGCGGCACGCGCUUACACUUCUCGAAGCGUUGCAAAAAACCGUGGGCCCCAAGGUCAACCGUGCAACGAUCCACGGAUCACUGAAGGACGAGCUUCCACCCAAAGUUGAGUUUGUACUGUCCGUCCGCGCCACACCUCUACAGAAAAGUCUUUAUACGCUAUUUGUGGAAGGGUUGGACAAGAUGUAUAGAGCUAGCAAUCGGCGCCAGACUGGUAUCUUGUCAUUGCUCAGCCGCCUCGUCCUUAUUUGCAACCAUCCCUGCGUCUUUCGAAGCUACGUUGCAAGUAUUGGAGAUGACGAAGAUGAUGCGAAGACCUUUCCAAAAGACAUCAUCGACCAAGUAUUACAGCUAACCGCUGAUAGCAACGGAGAUGAUAUCAAACAUUCCAAUAAACUGCGAGUCUUGAUGAACAUCCUUGAUGAAAGCCGUCGCGUGGGCGAUAAAGUGCUUGUCUUUAGCCAGUCGAUACCAACUCUCGACUACCUUCAAUGGGUCUUGGAGCUUGAAAACCGCCCAUUCUGUCGCCUAGAUGGCAGGACGAAUGUCAAAAUCCGACAAAGCACAGUGAAGUCAUUCAAUGAAGGGCCACAGGAGGUAUUUUUGAUUUCUACCACUGCUGGCGGAUAUGGGCUGAAUAUUCAAGGAGCCAACCGAGUUGUCAUCUUUGAUUUUAAGUUCAAUCCAGUACACGACCAGCAAGCCGUCGGUCGAGCCUACCGAAUCGGUCAAAAGAAACCAGUCUUCGUCUACCAUUUUGUUACAUCCGGUUCCUUUGAAGAAGAUUUGCAUGCCAAAUCUGUGUUCAAAAUGCAGCUUUCCGCACGGGUGGUAGACAAGGCUAAUCCUAUAAGCUGGUCGGAGCAACGGAAAAAAUGGCUACAUGAUAUCGCCGAGCCAGGCCCGAAGGAUCUGAGCCCUUUUCAGGGAAAAGAUGGAGUUUUGGAUGCCAUUCUGUCAACUUUAGGAAAUCGGGAGAUCACCUCGAUUAUAUCGACAGAUGUUUUUGAGGAAGAGGAUCUAACGAGUGGACUGACCGCCGAAGAACAGCAGAUGGCACAGUCGCUGAGCGAAGCAAUCAUGUCACUCCGCAAGGACCCCAAGUCAACACACAACCUUGCAAACGUAUCGAAUCGGCAAGACGCCAAAGUCGCCAACCAGUCCAAUCUCUACGAAAAGGCUGCCGAUGGGUUCCUCGCCCUGAAACUUAAAGCAGAUAAUACAGCCACGUCGCCGGCUGUGAACGAAGCAGCUCCUAUAACGAAGCCCGGAAGCGCAAAGUUAACGGCUAAGCCAUCGCAACAUAAAGAAGUUUUUAUCAACCGGCUAGAGUCUUCCGUUGUGUUAGUCACAUCGGAGACACACUCUAACGUGAAGAAAAUUGUCUCCGAGAUCGCGACAGCCUUGAAAGACAAGCGUGGCGGAUUCUUGUAUGAUGACGCAAGAUGGAAGUUUCUCGCUGAGAUGGCUGAGAAGGCCCAGUUUCCGAAAGCUGUUUUAGUAGGAAAGAUAUCACCGGCACAGCUAGCCACUACCGAAGAAUCGGAAAUUCGCAAUAUGCUAGAAGCUUGA